GGAGCUGGAGCCGCCGCCGGGACAGGGCGGGCUCGGGGCGCCGCCGGCAGCGCUGCGCGUGCCCCCCAGGGCCGCCGCGCCCGCAGCCAGCCCCGGCAGGGAGGGGAGAGCCUGGCGGCGGCACCGGCGGCUUCCCCGCGGGCGGGAGGCGGCUGCCCGCUGCCCUCGGGGCUCCAACGGUCUGCGCGGCCGGGCCGAGCCUCCCCGCGCAACUUGGGCGGGCGGCGGGACCCCUGCGGACCCGUGGGGGGCCGCCACCGCCGUCCCUGCCUCCUGCCGGCUGCGAAAGCCAAUAGGCAACAAAACCCAACAGAAAUAAAACAAACUCAGGUUUACCUAAAAGUUAGGAACCCCCAUUUUUAAAUUUUUUAUUUUUUUUCCCUUUUUCCCCCCCUCCUCCUUCCCCUUUCGGCCUCGCUCCCUGUGCGGGAGCCGCCUGCGGCCGCUGCCGGGCAGAAGCCGCCGCGCUGGAGAGUGAGCAGCCGGCGGGGCGCAGCGUUCGGCAGCUCGUGCGGCGGGGCAGCCUCGGCAGCAGCCCGGCUGGAGGGACGGCUUCGGCGCGCACGACACUGAAGCAGGGCAUCGGCGGUGCCUCCGGAGCGGCGUGAAUGGCACGGAGCCGACCAAGAGAAAUGAAAUGAAAGUCUGCUCCCCUAGAAAGCACAUGGAGCGCAGAGGCCAUUGCAAAUAUGUGUUUAUUGCUGCUCCGCUACCAUAACGCUGAUGGUCUCUGCUCGCAGCGACGACAGGGAGCCAACUUGCACGGCUCAGGAACGGGGAGACCCGCGGUCUACCUCUGACGGGCGGCUGGCAAUAGCUGUUACAUUUUGUUGGAUGUGUGCCCCCCGCCGCUUCCCCAGAGCAUCCCAGCGUCCUGCUUGAUUUGCUGGGGUGUCGUUUUUAUUUAUUUAUUUUUUUUAAUUUUAAAUUAUUAUUAUUAUUUAUUUUCCCCCCAGAUAGAGCACCUUGUGUUAAUGAGAGAGGGAGAGAGAUGGGGGAAAGGAGAGAGAGAGAGAAAAAAAAAAAAAACAACAUAUGGAGCAUUUUAUUGAUGUGAUCAUAAUCCUGUAAUGGAGAUUGCAUUAAAUGAGGAUUGCAUCAAAAUGCCUAGCUGCUGUGGGGAGACGGGAGAGCAGAAACUAUGCUGGAUUGUAAAUGAAGUUAUUUGACUGAAGGAUUUUCUUAAACCAUGGAGAGGUAUCUCUACUCUUGGUGUUCUACAUAAAUAUUCAUUAGUCAUUCUGGAAAUGGACUUGCUGUCUGGAACCUACCUCUUGGCAGUCUUAUUAGCCUAUAUUGUAUUUCAGUCUGGCGCACAGGAGAAGAAUUAUACAGUGCGGGAAGAACUGCCUGAAAAUGUCCUCAUUGGCAACUUGCUCAAGGAUCUUAACUUAACGCUGGACCCAGAUGUCCCCCUUUCCUCACCGUUACAGUUCAAGCUUGUGUAUAAGACUGGGGAUGUGCCGUUAGUACGGGUGGAGGAGAACACUGGUGAGAUAUUCACAACUGCCAACCGCAUAGACCGAGAGAAGCUGUGCUCUGGCAUCUUUAGUGAGAAUCGCUGCUUCUAUGAGGUGGAGGUUGCUGUUUUGCCUGAUGAAGUUUUCAGACUGGUCAAGAUCAGAUUCCUAAUAGAGGAUAUAAAUGACAAUGCCCCACUCUUUCCAUCAACAGUUAUUAACAUCUCUGUACCUGAAAACACAGCAAUUAAUUCUCGCUAUUCUGUUCCAUCUGCCAUUGAUCCCGACAUUGGUGUGAAUGGUAUUCAACAUUAUGAACUUCUUAAGCCCAAAACAGCUCCGAAAAGGACAUUUGGAUCCAUUACGAAUGACCAGGGUCAAAAUGUGUUUGGUCUUGAUAUAAUUGAGACACCUGAGGGAGAUAAGUGGCCUCAACUGAUUGUCCAGCAGAUCCUGGAUAGGGAGCAGAAGGAUACCUAUGUGAUGAAAAUUAAAGUUGAAGAUGGUGGAAGCCCUCCAAGAUCUAGCACUGCCAUCCUGCAAGUCACAGUGACUGAUGUGAAUGAUAAUCGCCCAGUCUUCAAAGAAAAUGACAUUGAAGUUAGUAUUCCAGAAAAUGCUCCAGUAGGCACCUCUGUUUCUCAGCUCCAUGCCACUGAUGCAGACCUGGGCUCAAAUGCACAAAUCCACUUCUAUUUCAGCAAUCAGAUCUCCAGUUUGGCCAAAAGGCUGUUUGCCAUUGAUAAUGCCACUGGUCUUAUCACCAUAAGAGAACCGCUAGACAGAGAGGAAUCUCCUGUACACAAAUUAACUGUUUUGGCAAGUGAUGGCAGUUCAACUCCAUCAAGAGCAACAGUGACUGUUAAUGUCACAGAUAUUAAUGACAAUGUCCCAUCAAUAGACACAAGAUACAUCAUCAAUCCAGUGAAUGGGACGGUGCUUUUGUCUGAGAAAGCUCCACUUAAUACAAAAAUUGCAUUAAUAACAGUAAUGGACAAGGAUGCUGAUCUGAAUGGAAAGGUUACUUGUUUUACAGAUCAUGAUGUCCCUUUUAGGCUGAAGCCAGUGUUUGAUAAUCAGUUUCUUCUGGAAACAGCCACAUUUCUAGAUUAUGAAGCAACACGGGAAUAUGCUAUUAAAAUAGUGGCUUCAGAUUCAGGGAAACCUCCCUUAAACCAGUCUGCAAUGCUCCUGAUCAAAAUUAAAGAUGAAAAUGAUAAUGCCCCAGUUUUUACACAGCCUGUUAUAGGUCUUUCCAUCCCUGAAAACAAUGCUCCAGGUACUCAGCUAACCAAGAUAAGUGCUACAGAUGCUGACAGUGGGCGCAAUGCUGAGAUCAGCUAUAUUCUGGGUUCUGAUGCACCCCCCAUUUUCAACCUUGACCGCCGUACAGGCAUUCUGACAGCAGUCAGAAAGUUGGACAGAGAAAAGCAAGACAGGUACUCCUUCACUGUACUAGCUAAGGAUAACGGGACGCCACCCUUGCAGACCAAUGCUACUGUGACAGUGUCAGUUCUGGACCAGAAUGAUAACAGCCCUGCUUUCACACAUAAUGAAUAUAAUUUCUAUGUGCCAGAAAACUUACCCAUGUAUGGCACAGUAGGGCUUAUCACAGUAACAGAUGCUGACUCUGGAGAAAAUGCUGCGGUCACUCUCUCUAUAUUAAAUGGUAGAGAUAAUUUCAUUAUAGAUCCACUUACUGGUGUAAUAAGGCCUAACAUUACCUUUGAUAGGGAACAACAGGGGUCAUACACUUUUCAGGUGAAAGCUGUGGAUGGAGGAAGACUGCAGCGUUCCUCAACUGCCAAAGUGACCAUCAAUGUUGUUGAUGUAAAUGACAACAGGCCUGUUUUUGUUAUUCCUUCAUCUAAUUAUUCAUAUGAGUUGGUUCCAACAUCAUCCAGUCCAGGGUCUGUAGUUACUAAAGUCUUUGCAGUUGACAAUGACACAGGCAUGAAUGCAGAGCUCCGUUACAGCAUCAUAGGUGGGAACUCAAGGGGCUUGUUUACAAUUGACCAAUUAACAGGCAAUAUUACUUUGAAAGAGAAGGUAAUUACAUCAGAUCGUGGCUUGCAUAGACUGGUGAUAAAAGUCAAUGACCUAGGACAGCCAGAGUCUCUUUAUACUAUAGCUCUUGUGCAUUUGUUUGUGAAUGAGACAGUCACCAAUAGUUCCUAUGUACAAGAGCUAGUGCGCAGGAAUAUGGAAACUCCAGUUGGCCAGAACAUUGGGGAUGGUGAGGUAACCCCACAAACCAAUGAUUAUGUCAAGAUCAUAAUUGCGAUUAUUGCAGGAACAAUGACAGUUAUUCUGGUAAUUUUUGUUACUGCUUUAGUACGGUGCCGCCAGACGCCCAGGCACAAAGUAGUCCAAAAAAACAAGCAGAGUGGUGAAUGGGUUUCCCCAAACCAAGAGAAUAGGCAGAUCAAGAAGAAGAAGAAGAAGAAGAAGCGCUCUCCAAAAAGUCUCCUCCUCAACUUUGUGACUAUUGAAGAAUCUAAGCCUGAUGAUCCUGGCCAUGAGCACAUAAAUGGCACUUUAGACAUUCCUGUAGAGCUAGAAGAACAGACUAUGGGAAAAUAUAACUGGGCCACCACACCAACCACAUUUAAACCUGAUAGCCCAGAUUUGGCAAAGCACUACAAGUCUGCUUCUCCACAGCCUACCUUUCAAAUUAAACCUGAGACUCCUGUACCCCCCAAGAAGCACCAUGUCAUUCAGGAACUGCCUCUAGAUAACACCUUUGUGGUGGGCUGUGACUCACUCUCCAAGUGCUCAUCAAGCAGCUCGGACCCUUACAGUGUUUCCGAAUGCAGCUGUCAAGGAGGCUUCAAGACCCCAGGCCCCAUUCACACCAGACAGCACACAAAGGAAAUGGGAAGACCACAAACUCCUUUAAAAGAAGCAACACUGGAGCCUUGGACUCAGCCACAGACUCAGCGCCGUGUCACGUUUCACCUACCAGAUGGCUCCCAGGAAAGCUGCAGUGACAGUGGGCUUGGAGACCACGAACCCACCAGCGGUGCCAGUACAUCGCACCCUCUGCCCCUUGGCUUUCCCCAGGAGGAGUACUAUGAGCAAGCAUCACCCAACAGCCGGACAGAAGGAGAUGGCAAUUCAGACCCCGAGUCCACUAUCGAAGUAAAUCUCCAGAAAGCCCUGGCUGAAGCCUCUGAAACCUGCACACAGGAGUGUCUCAUCCUAGGCCAUUCAGACAACUGCUGGAUGCCACCUUCUUUGACACAGUAUCAACAGUCGAACACCCCUUUGCCAUCAUUUGGCUUCCAGCAAGGCUGGGGCCGAGGAGCCAGGCCUGAUGGACGCCACACUCUUGGGAGGUCCCUUCCAAAGGAUGACACUGAAAAAGGCCAAGGUGGGCUCAGGCCCCAGUUCUACAACACCUGUGAAAGACACUGCACCAGUGAAGAUCCUGUCAAAGUCAUACCUCUGGCAAACUUUGCUGUAUCUCACCAGACACCAGUGUCUGGGAGUAGCACUACAUUUAUCCAUGAGCACCAGCUAUAAAUGCAUAUCUGACAAAUCCACUAUUUCAGGCUUUAAGUGUAACUUAAGCCUAACUCUGUUCCUAGUGCACAUACAAACUUGUUAGGCUUGUGAAUAUUUAUGUAUAUAAAAUCCUAAAUUUGAAUUUGAAAUGCUAAAUCCCUAGGACUUAGUUAAAAUUGACCAUAGUUCUUGCCAAAAUAUAUAAAAUGGGGAAGAAAACCCACAACCCAGAACCUAUCAAAAGAAAACACAAAAUCUCACUGAUUUUCUUAUAUGGGUCAUAUAGCACAAAUACCUGCUAGCAGUACUUCCUCUCUGUUGAAAGCAAUUUUUUAGUAGAGUUUAGGGAAUAUUACAGUAAUAUAACUUACUAUUUUUUUUUCUAUCUUUGUUGUUAUAAUUUAUAGCAUAUUCAUAGAUUUCACCUUCCAUUUGUUUAGCAAUAGAGAUCAAGCGGGCAAUGUCUCAUUUGAUUACCUUACAUAAUAGAAUGUGUGAGAUCUACUUCUUAGGAAGGAUGGUAUAUGUUUGCAACAAAAUUUAUCUUUCAUGUAAUUAAAAAGGAAAAUGUACUCAAAGACAUGACAACUGCUUUUGAUUUUAAUUUUAACUGGUUGAAUACACAGGUAUUUAUUCUAUGAAAGAAUGCAAUAGAUGAAAUAGAAAACUCUUAACUAGGCUUUUCUGUGAGAAACUGACAACAUGACAAUACAAUAAGGAUCAGUUUUUUUUAAAUUUAUUUCUAAGAUAUUAUUUUCUACAAUAAUGGAAGCAAAAGUGUAAUAAAUAUGCUUUUCAAGCUAUAAGUUUUUAUCAUUAUUAUUAUUAUUAUUUAUCUUGCAGAGCUUGCUUUGGCUACUGUUCCUGUUAGCUGAAAAUUACAUGGGCACUGCUGAAAACAGUAGGAAACUGGGCUAGUUAUUUUGGCCGGUGUCAUAUUGUGGCUUUAAGCUACUGAUGUUUAAAAUAAUAUUAUAGUGAUGCAUAUGUUACUUUUACAGCUAUAAUCACCUAUUACAAGUAUUCAGUAGAAUAUUAGUUAUAAUAUUAGUUACUUCACCCCAAACCUAUUAGAUAAAGGAGUAGUUGUCAUUGUAGCUUAGUUUAUUAGAGAAUUGCUGACAUUUCUCAGCAAAGAAAGAAGCUAAUGAAUGCUGGAUAACUAUAAUUAUAAGUACACCCUGAUUAUGUUAUUUGAUAAAGUCUCAAGAUGAUUCCCUGUAAAGAUUAGAACUUUUUCAGUGUUCUGUUAACUGGACAGUAUAUUCUUAAUAGUGGCAGGGAAACAAACAAACGAACAAACAAACAAACAAAAACUAGUAAAUUCUACAGUGGAUGAAAAGGAAAUUCCUUUCUUAGAUAAAAACAAAACAAAAUAUUUCCCUUCUAGUGUUUUGUUGCUGUUUAGCCAUUUAGCUAUCUCAUCGUUUAUGAUACCAAGAUUUUUUCCUUAUCAAACCGCAUAACUUUAUUUUGUUUUAUUGAUACUUUAAGUGAGACAAUCAAAGUUUUGUGGAAGGAAAAAUGACAGUGUAUGAAUAUUUGUUAUAGAUAGAUUUCUGUGUAGGCUUCAUAUUGUAACUUAUGUGUAAUUUAUUAAAAAAAAAAAAAAAGUGUAAAAUGCUGUAAUAUUAGCUGCUUGUAAAAUUUACAGAAGUACUAGUUGUUGAAGGUUUCCAAUGAACACUAAAAGAGCUUCUCUUAUGUGCCCAGCAGGUAUAAGUAGCUUUAUAUAUUGUUGUCCCAACUGUAAAUCUAUUGAAAUCACAUUUACAUUUUAUGUGCAAAAGAAAAGAAGCUUCUCCUUUGAUCUACUAAUAGGGUUUAAUAAUAAACAUCAGAUUAUCUAAUGAUGUACUUCUGAUCUUUUUUUUUUUUUUUUAAUGUAUUUUUCAAUAAUGUUUAGAAAAAAUGUGGCACACUUCUUUCCAGUUGCAUGUAAAUCCAGGGUUAAAAAAAUAAAAAAUAAAAAAAUCCUUUGGCUACUGACACACAGUAGUUGACACAGCUCAAUUCCAUUUCCAGGAAAACUAAAAAUUUGACAAGUUAAUUCACACCUAAUAUAUACCGAACAUUUUGUUGUUUACUUUGGAGACAUCACAGUGAGAAAAUUCAUCACUCCUUUUCAGGGAUACACAAUAAAAGCUUAUCUGUAGUUUACACAGCUUUACCAAACAUAUUAAUUGUGCAAAUUUAGAAUAAAGCUGACAUUUAAUACUUCCUAUUAUAAGCAGAGGACUUUAGUUUUAGUUAAAGAUGGCUGCCAUACCAAGUGGCAGCUGCAUUUGAAAUCUUUAUUUAUUUAUGUAUUUAUUUAGUCUUCAAUAUUUCCUUUCUGGAUGAAGAUUGUAACUGAAAUUUCCUGGCAAAACAAUCAAUUUCUACAACAUUAGGAGUUUAAUAGGAAAAGAUAAAGAUACCAGAAUUUUUUAUUUUUUAUUUUUUUCCCAACAGGUAACAAAACAAUCAAUCAAUCAAACAAAAAAACCUAACCCUUUCUUUUUUAUUUUUAUUUUUAUUUUUGAGAUAUGGAAGCAAUUAACUGCCAUUCUUUCUCCAAAUACAUCAAAAAAAAAAAAAAAAAGGAAAAAACAGAAACCAAUCAACAAAAAAAACAAUUGCUUAAACAAAAAUAAUUGUAAAUUUGAAUCUGAUUAUAGGAAGUGUUAAAUAUUAUAUCCAUGAAUUUUUGUUACGGUAUUGUAAAAUUCUGUCAACAAGAUAAAUACCACUUAAUUGUAAAUUUAUUGGGAGUAAAAUUAUGCCCUUGUUUUUAUAUAUUACAUAUAUAAAAUUAUGCAUUAGAGGUGACAUUUUGUCUGAAAAAAAUGUACAAGUGUCAUGUCAGUAUCCAGAGGAAUAACAUUACUAGAGACUCUUUACACAUCUCGCCAUAUAUAUAAAUAAUUUAUCUAGUGCAUAGGCUGUAUAUUUUUGUGUAAUUUUUUUUAGUCACUUAUUUCAUCUUGUGUGAAUUUGUGGAGAAAACAAUCCUAUAUACAAUAUACAGUAAAAUGGUAGUUAAAUUAUUAGAUUUGUUUCAUACAGUGUAACAAUAAAAGAAAACCUUUGCCUUCAAAGUAAUGUGUCACACAGUCUAGCCUAGAUUUUUUAUGUUUUUUUUUUUCCAAAUUCAAUAAAUGCUUGUUGCACUUUGAACUAUUGCAUCAAAGAUAUAGGUAGUGGUGGCAGAAAGAAAGGUAACUUUUGAUUACGAAAAGCAGUCAAGUAUUAAAAAAAAAAAAAAAAAAAGAUGAACUGAAGUUAAAUUAAUUGAAGUAAAAUAUAUCAGUUCUUUGUUUUCAUAAAAUGUGCUGUGUAACUUAAUUCUAAAGGAAGAAUAAUUAGGCAUGUCUGCUUGGCCAGACUGAGACUACUGAGCACUUGCUCUCUCGGCUGUGAGCUGGCUGGAUGCAGGUCAUUUAGCUAAUUAUCAUGGCAAUGAGCCCAUGCUAAUAGGACCUGAGGGUUUAUGAAUGUUAGCAUGACAGUUAGGUUGACAUAACUAAGUUAUGUGAGUCUGAAUCGAGACAGGUCUUUUUGCUUGGCACAGAGGUGGAGAAGUGAAGCCUCUUUGUAUCAGAUACUCAUGAGCCCCAUGUGUGCAGGGUUUUUGUUUGUUUGUUUGUUGGGUGUUGGUGUGUUUUUUGUUGUUGUUUGUUUUUUAAGAAGUGGAAGGUUGCUCCGUUGUAUUUUGAGCAAGCUCUAAUCCAGUGUGCAAACACAUCAGUCUCAAGUUACCAUUGUUACUCCUCUUCUAGUGCCGCUGAGCCAGAGAGUGGACCUAAAUAAUUUCUAGUCGCUAAUGGUUGAUUAGUGCAAGGUUGUUUGAUUCAAGCAUAUAAAGCUUUAAUUUGAAAAGCUUGAUCAUUGUAUUUCGUUUCCAACAGUUCUAGCACAAGUUUUUCUUUUGCAGCUUUAAUACCAGUUCCUAUCGAAAAGUUAUUGAUUAAAUGUUUGCAGUUUUCUACCAUUAUUUAAUUGGAUAAACAAAAAGGGAGGGAUUGGUUUGUGCAGACACAAAGUAAAGUUGAAGGCAAAGAUUUUAUUUGGUAUACGUAGGAAAACUGUGUAUAACAUUAUCCCUAGAGAAGAAAGAGAUUGAUGAUUUAUUGUAAAUAUUUAGUUUUGUAUUUCUGGAAAACCUACCUGCUCUAUGUCAUACUACAGGAUCUGAGAGUGAGCAGUGUAUGUCUACGUACUGAAACAGCCCUAACUAUGCUUUACAAAUCAUGCAGUUGGACAUCAUAUAUAAUAGUCCAGCAGCAUUUAAAGUCCAGUAAAUUUGCAGUAGUUCUGUUUCAGGUUUCUGUACAGCAUGUUGUCUUGUUAUUUACAAUGCUUAUUAAUAAACUAGAUCACAAAAA